CACGAAGUGCUGGAUAUUUGGCGUUCCGUGUAACACCUUUUUAGUUGCGAUCUUUCAUCCUUCGCGGUCGGUAUUUCAAGAUUAGUCGAGGUCAGCCUAAUAGAAUUCAAAUCGGAAAAUGGGGGAAGUUUCAGGAGACCACAAACUCUGGGUGAGUCUCAGUGCUCUUGGAGAUGGCAAUGUCUUUGCUGUGUUACCGCAGUUGAUGAAACAAAUGCUCUCCGACGAAAUGUGUGAUACCGAGGAAGAUUUCGCGGACGUUAUCUUGCCCAGUGAUAAUACGUGGCAAACUAAAAUUUACUAUCAGCUGGUUGAGAAACAGAGAAUGGUUGACGCCAAGUCUGAGGAAGAGACAAUGUUUGAUCCAAUGAUGCAAGAAGAAAAAAUAAAAAUGCACGAAUGGAACACAAUCUCCAAACCGAAAUCGAUAGAUUGUGAUGCAGCAAAAGAAUGGAUCCAAAAAAAUACUAAAGUUGUUAAAGGUUCAACAUCAAUCACUUGGACUGUCGGUGACAUUGCGAAAGCAGGAUGUCUAUUGAGUUCACCACCUAUUCCAACUACAUUUGAGGACGAACAUGAAAUGAGACGGGUCUACACUUUGAUAUAUGACGUCUUUCGAUAUAAAAAUGUAUUGACUCAAGCACUGAAUGAUGUAAAUUUCUUUCAGAUAUUUCCCAAACUCAUCUCAUUAACUCCACAUGUAUGGCUACUUUUCUACGACCUUUAUCACCGUUCAUUCAAAAAAAGAGAAACAAAAGUUGCUAAACUAGCCUCGCAGCUUUUCGACACUUACGGACUCAGUUUCACGGAAAACGCCCUCUGGUGCCAAAAAAUAAAGCUAGCUGCUUCAGUAGCAAGAUUAAGGAUAAAGCACAACGCAUUAUCACUUGGUGAGCUUUUACCACCCCAUUUGAAGGAUGAAAGAGUAACGGAGCAAGCCAAAAACAAUCCGGUCACUUGCUGGGUCAAUUCUUUGAAAAUAAGUGAUGCUGCUAAACUUUGUAAGGAUAUCGAAGAAUCUUUCAAUUUGGAGAUGAUAACAGAUAUCAAGCAAAUAGGUCGAAACAAUUUCAGAUGGGAUCGUCACUGUCCCCAAAUAAUAGCUUUCCAUGCAUCCAUCAGACCCAAACUGGCAAAAAGUAGAUUCGUCAAAGAACAUUUGCUUAUUGUUCAGGACAAAUCAUUCUGCCUUGGUCCGGCCACUUUCGGAAAAUUGAUCGAAGAUUUAGAACUAACUGGUAGUGUCAUCCAAACCCAUGUCAACUCUCCAAGAACUACUGCUUAUUUGGCAACAAUACUCUCCCACAAUGAGAAAAUACGAAAAUUGAUGGCUUUCAGUGCAGGUAAAAG